GAAGAAGAAGAGUUAUACCAGAGAGAAAUCGAACAUCGCCCUCAAGGAAGCGUUAGGAAGGUGCUAUGCGCAGUGAACAACUUGAUGAUGAGUGGAAUAUCAGCAACAGAGGACAUCAACUGCCUUUCACCCCUCAGUCUCCAAUUCUGGAGUGUAAUGAGACAGUACUGGAGUGCAAUGAGACAGUUCUUUAUCUGGAAAUUGAGAAGUGUGGGGAACGCUUUAAGACCAACAUGGUGGAGGUGGAACCUGAGAACCGCUGCAACUUAACACAUUUCAUUGGUGAAUACCACUAUUUCUCAGCCUGCACGGAGAACAAUGCAGAGAAGAUUGGUUGCUUUUGGCCCAAUCCGGUUGUGGAGCACUAUAUUAUCCACAUCCACAAACAAUUCUUUUCCAACUGCACCUUGAAACCUGUUGUUUAUUUAGACCCAUCAGAAGACACCCUUGCAAUCCUCAUCUUUGUUCCAGUCUUCCUUACUGUGGCCAUGGUUGCACUGGUAGUAUGGUGCAGCAGGAGAAGUGAUAUACUGGCUUAGCACUGAAGACCAAGAAUCAGUUGGAACUUUACACUUCAUGAAAACCCAGUGUCAUGAUGUGGUCAAAAGGACAAAAACUGACAUAAAACAAUGUCCAGUGGAACUAUUGAAACAAAUCACCAAUGGAACUAUUGGACAAUUGACCAAUAUGCGUAUUGGAACAAAUCACCAAUGGAACUGUUUGGCAAAUGGCCAAUGAAACUAUUGAAACAAAUCAUAAUUGGAACUGUUGGGGAAAUAGUCAGUGGAACUAUUGGAACAACUCACCAAUGGAACUGAGGGAAAUUGGCCAAUGUGACUAUUGGAACAAAUCACCAGUGGACCUGUUGGGUAAAGGGCCAGUGGAACUAUUGGAACAAAUCACCAAUGGAACUGUUGGGUAAAUGGCCAGUGGGACUAUUGGAACAAAUCACCAAUGGAACUGCUGGCAAAUGACCAAUGUGACUAUUGGAACAAAUCACCAUUGGAACUGUUGGGUAAAUGGCCAAUGGAACUAUUGGAACAAAUCACCAGUGGAACUGUUGUGCAAAUGUCCAGUGAAACUACUGGAGCAAGAUUGUUAGCAUUCCAUUUAUUCAGGACAUAAGUGAACACAGUAGAGAACUUUUAGGUGUAGCAAAAGUAGGAAAAAGAUGUUUAUUAUUCCAUCAGAAAUGUGCAUUGUGAUGUUUCCAUGAGAAUACCUAUUCUGACUACUUUGGCAGACACUGAUUGAUUUUUUGUGGAACUCUACUUUGUGGAACUAUGCUUAAAUGUAAGGAAUACUGAAACCAGUGAUGUGUUUGAAAUUUGCAUGUAUAUAAGAUUUUUUCACUCUUUCAUGCUGUUGUCUGUGUUAUCUGGGGUAACUUCAUCAUUCCAAUAUUAAGCUGGGCUUUAAGUGUUUUGUGUUGAUGUCUUUGUGGGUGGUUUCAUUGUUGUACUGCAGGAGCUUCUGCAGUACAAUUCCAGUGUUUGGUGGUUUGAAGUAAGUGUACAUCACUUAAGAUUUUUGGACUAAUUUGAAGAUUAACAUCCAGUUUUAGGAGGUAAUGUUUUUCCAUUAAUAAUUCAUUGAAUUGUGCAGUAUCAUUCUUGAAUUCAAUAACCUAGAUUUAGGUGAGUGUUAUGGGCUCCACUGAAGUUCAGAAUUACUAUUUUAUGUUAAGGAUGAAUGAAUGGUUGUGUAACAAAAGCUGAAGGCAGCCACCCUACCCAGGACUAGCAGGAAAUAAACAUGAGCUCUGACCACCAGGCCAAAGAGCCAGCUCCCUGGCAUAGCAGCCAGAACACCCAUUUAACCUUCAUAAGUGACAGUUUCCAUCACACCAGCCUUCCCUUCGGAGAGUGACGGUCUCCAUCACAAUGCCUUCACGUCUGGAGAAUACCCCUGCACAUGACACUGUCCACAUGUCCUUCCAUGCACAACUGUCCUUUCAAUCAGGGCCACACCCAUGCCCCUCAUCAGGGGUCCUCACACUGGGCUACACCAUCCUUUCACAGCAGGGGUGGGUUCAUCAGCCUGGGGCACACUCCCAAUGGCCUUGCUGUAAUGAAGGCUAAAGGCAGCCAUCCUAACCAGGUCUCAAACCCAGGACUGACAAGAGGUAAAUGAGAUCUGACCACUGGGCCCUGGCAACACAGCCAGAGCACCCAUUUAACCUUCCUAAGUGACGGUCUUCGUCACAUGUAGGUGCGCUAAUGUUUUCACCCUAUUUUAAAACAGCCAUGUAAACUGGAACAUGACAUUUAGGUUUUAACAAUUAGAUUUUUAACUAUUGCAUCUAGUAAAGCUACUACAUCUAACUUCCUUUCUAUUUGAAUUACAGUAGUGAUCACCAGCAUUCUUCCUGGACAAAUAACUUCCUGCAUGUUUCAUCGCCAACAUAAAUCUGUUCCCCCUCAUCCAGCUAAUCAAAGACUGCUAUAGACAGUAAUUAGAUGGAUCAGGUGUGAAUUAGGGCUGAAACUCCGCAAGGUGGUAAAGUUUCAGGAGAAGGCCUGGCAACCAGUGUACUGUUCUGUCUGAAUAAUGUGAGACUUACAUACAGACAGAGACAGAGAAGUCAGAAAAAAUAUUGUAAUGCAAACAGCAAGAAAGUGAUUGGACAAAAAGUAAAUCCACCACUUAUAAAGAUUUAUAGGAUUGCAAAGAACAUUGAACCAAGCAUGGAAUAAACCAGUAAAAAAAAAAACAUAGGAAGCAUUAUUUUUAUGGCAACAAAAAGUUUUGCACCGUGAAUGGCUCAGAAACAAACUUAGCACAAUAACAUGCACUAAAAUGUCCUGCUGUGUACCCACAAGAAUUGACAUAUGAGUCGGUGGUCCUUCAAGCUGGAAUCCAGGAAGGAUAUAAACCUUUCCCAGAGUAGGCAAAGAAUUAGAGGAAAUGGGCUGGCUAUGAUUUUUAAAGGAGCUACAGGAACUGUAGUGUAAAAUUUUUCCCCAAACAUGCAUUGUUGUAGCUGUUGUUGUAACUAUUAUGAGACAUAAUAUUCUGAACUGGCUUGUCUGUUAUUUAUGUAAAAUAGAUAAUACAACUUAUAUAUACCAUAAUAUUGAUUGUGUUUGGUAUGAGGUUGUUAGUUCACCUUGAAUGUGUGUCGAAAAGUGUGGGGGGGGGGGUUGUCUUGGAGUAUGUAAAGGAGAUUUUGUUCUUUUGUCAUUAUUAACAUACUGUUACUUUUUAACAUUCUAUGUUAUUCUAUCUAUACAUGUUUUACUAACAUGACCCUUUCCCCUUUUCCCACACUAACAUACAGGCAAUCCAAACACAACAUCAACCCCAAGUGCCACCCCCCCAUAUCUUAGUAACUGAUAUAUAGCACAUACACACAUCCACUUGACAGACCAUUCCCUAGGGCCUCACAAGACACUAUAAUCAGAUUUAUGAGGUAAUUUUUUAUAGCCACAAACAGCAGGACAACUGUGCACAUUCAGAAAGAUUUUGUAACAAAUUGUAGUGUUUUAUGAUUGCCAAUAAAGUU